CUGCCGGUGACGACUACGAUAAUCUCGAACGAACUACGAUCGUCCGCCCGCGACAUUUGUCUCGCUCUUGUAACGUAUCUUCGCGAAAACGAAGAUUCUUGAAAAAUAAUAUCGACGAUCGCUAAGGUUGUCGCAAACGUUUCGACGACACUGGCAACGCUGCAACGUGAUUAUUUUUGCGAAUCGCGAUUUAAGACGGUGGAAUUCAGGGCCGAAGAAAUUCCAUCGGACGAUCCAGCCACCUGAUCUUAAAUCUAAUUUAAACCCGAGCACGCGGGGAGAGAGUAGCAGUUGUCCAAUCGUAAGAAUUAGAAACGCGCGGCAAGACGAAACAUAAAACGAAAGGUUACAGAGUUUCGAGAUCAAAGUUGGAACUGUACGAGGGUGUUGGCCGCGAAGAACUCGGAGGAGCAACGAUUGAGUGGCGUAAAAAAAUUCUGAAGGAGCGUGGAGAAUUUGAAAGUAGAAGCGGGAGACUGGAAGAAGAGCCGGGGAAGGGUUUCGUGAAAGGGGACAAAGAGGAAUCCCCGUUUGGAUGCGAAAAAACGUCGGCUCGUUUUGUUAAUCAAAAGAUUUCGGUUCGUCAACGCGCGGCGCGUCCCGACUAAUAACGAGCACGUGUACACGGACCGCGACGCCUGGCGUUCCGAUUAGAAGAAAAGAGCAACUGCGAGAGAAACGCGCAGAACUCCACAGGAAAUAGGUAUAUCGUCGUGCAACGAUUUCGACGAAGAGAGGCUUCGUGUUAUAAUAAUUAGUGUCAUAAUUGCGCAGGGAUUUCAGUGACAAGCACUUAAAUAUUCGUUCCGGACGAUGAACGAAUCGGAGAAAUGAGAAGUGUUCGCGAAAAUGUGAUCCGUAAGUGGGGUGACGUCAAACGAUAUUAACGCGGGUAGGAUUCGCGAUUAGAGACGUCGUCGUCGUGUCGAAGCAGAUAGACGAAGGAACGCGAGGACGAGGGGAACACAUCUAGAUCGCUGGCGGAUCGAAUGUUUGCGCGGGUGUCAAGUGGAACACCCGAUUCUCUCGCCUAUGCCGCGUUACCGGUUCGAGAUGCGGUGCACGUCGGGACACGUGUUUCUGACAAGUUUGCUGAUACUGGUACGAGCGCGUCGGGCGGAGUCAGCCAUCGAGGAUUCGCCUGAAUUUCAGAACAAAGGGCCUACGACUUACGCUCUUACAGCACCGCUCAAGUUGGUAUGGGGCGCUGAGGGCGAGGACGUCGAACUGCCAUGCGAUAUAACUCCUCCAACGCCCAACGACUCCGUCAGCAUGGUGCUCUGGUUCAAAGACACCGCUGGGAUUCCGCUUUACAGCUUGGACGCGAGAAAUGGUGAUCCCGCUUCCGCGAUCCACUGGGCCGUCAGCGACGAUCUCGGCAAGAGGACUUACUUUCAAAUCGGCGAUGGACAUCGGGCCAAGCUAAAGGUUACCAAGGUCACGUACAAAGAUCAGGGAAUCUUCAGAUGUAGGGUAGAUUUCGUCGAUUCCCCGACGAGAAACUUCCGCGUGAAUCUGACGCUUAUCGAGGUACCGUCGCAGCCCGUGAUAUACAACGCCCAGGGACACGAAGUGAAAGCAAUCGCCGGCCCCUUCUUGGAGGGUUACAAUCUCGCGUUAACUUGUCAAGUAUCCGGUGGAAGGCCAAAGCCUACCGUAACGUGGUGGAAGGAUGGUGAGCUAUUGGACGGUGUCGUCGAUACCGUCUCCAUCGGACCGCCCAGCAAAUUCACAGUGAACCACCUGUUCAUCGACAAGGUGGCGAGAUCGUUAUGGGGUACGAAGCUCGAAUGCAGAGUUCAAUCGCCGAUGAUGCCUGCUCCGAUUGUCCGCGAAGUACCAUUAGACAUUUACCUGAAACCAGCGAUCGUGAAGAUCGUCUUGAACGAGAAUCAAAUACACGCGGGGCGUCCGAUCGCGGCACGUUGCGAAACUUGGGGAAGUUCUCCGGCCGCGAGAAUCGUUUGGAGUCUGGGAGGACGCGCGAUAGGCGACCCGAACGCGUCGACGAUUCAGAGAAGCAAUUCUACGGUCAGCAAGCUGGCUCUUGCCCUCGGCAGAGACGACGACGGCAAGGAAUUAACCUGCAGGGCCGAAAACCCGAGAUUUCCCGGCGGGGUCCUCGAACAGACCAAGGUCUUGAACGUUGCCUACGCGCCUGUAGUUUCCAUCGAACUGGCUACAGGUUACGUUUUGGACACGCUCAGAGAAGGGGACGAUCUGAAAUUGAUAUGCAACGCGGAGAGCAAUCCACCUCCCACGACCAUCGUAUGGUACCACGAGGGCGAUCGAUUGGAGCACAACGUGGCCAUUGGGACGCUGAUCGCCUCGAACACAUUGACGCUGAGGGUGCUUACUUUGGCGCACGCCGGCGAGUACUCCUGCGAGGCGAUCAAUUCAGUGGGAGAAGGUCGCAGUUCACCGAUCUUCAUUCCCAUGAAAUACGCGCCUAGAUGUAGACCGGGUUACGAGCGUCGCGUGAUCACGGUCGGUCGUCGCGAAGCGGUUUCGUUGCGUUGCGAGGUCGACGCGAUGCCAAGCGACGCGGUGAGAUUCUCGUGGACGUACAACGGGACGCUCGGUGACGUGUUGCCGAUGCCGAACUCCAGAGCUCGGAACAACGGGCUCGUCAGCGUUCUCGAAUACAUUCCUACCGUCGAUACCGAUUUCGGGACUCUCGCUUGCUGGGCCAGCAACAGCGUCGGCAGACAAAGGAUACCCUGCAUAUUCGAUAUCGUGCCCGGAAAUCCCCCUCAACCACCUACGGACUGUUCGCUGCGUAACGCGAGCGCGUGGCUGGAAGUGAUUUGCGUGCCCGGCGCGGACGGCGGUUCGCCGCAAUACUUUUUGCUGGAAGUUCGAGGGAUCGUUGGAAGCCCCGCGGUCGCGUCGAAUCCGUCCACGUUGCACGUGCCUCAGAGCGAUCAAGGCACGGUCGGGGAAGUGCCGGCUAUAUACCGGGAAAGUAAUCCGAGACCUAACUUUCAAUUGCACGGCCUUGAACCUGGAUUCGAUUACACUCUGUACGUGUACGCCGUGAACGGAAGAGGAAGGAGCGAGCCGGCGUUACUGAGGCACGUCAAAGUCACCGAAUCUAUCACCAACACGAUCGAGAGGAACGGACUGUUCCUUGAGGAUUUGAAAAAGGCGCUACCAGAGGCUAGCUCCGAAAACGUGAUCAUCGUGGUCGCCCUCGCAGGUGCGGUCGCUUUGAUCCUGAUCGGUAUCGGAGUGAUCAUCGGACUGGCGAUCUGCAGGCGAAGGACAGCGUCUCCCGUCAAAGACGGCCCAGACGAUUUUACCACACCCACGUACGUGUCUGCUCAAAGGAUCGAGCCAAGGAUCAGAUACUCGUCGACCGAUAACAGGCGUUCUCAAAGGGCGAGUCUCUACGUCGAAGAAAAUCGAAACGAGCCGGAUCUCUUGCAAAGAGUGGAGAUCGACACGCACGACCGUCUCUGAUAGCUUCGCACGGAGGGAAGCACACGACGCGGACUACAAAUGUAUUCAUAUUUUUAUACACCCGCGUACCACGCGUGGUCACCGGGAAGUGCCAUGUAGAUAUCAGCUUAGGUUGUAAAAUACGUAGACAGUCCGAUGAUCUCUGACAAUGAGUAAGGAAGUAUUCAGGUGAUUUUACACAAUUUCCAGAAAUGCUGUACCUGGACAUUAAGUCCUCUACGAGACCAUCGUUCCACUACCUGUUUGUUACUCGGUGUACGUAUCGUUACUUAAAACGUAGACGAACGUUAGUAUUAUGUUACGAUAAUCGACAUUCGCGUGAUUGUACAAUAAUUUUGUUAACGCUAUUGGGAGCGCAAUGGUCGAUCGUGUAAAUACUGCUAGAUUAUAGAGUAUAGAAUACGGAGUAUGUAUAGAGAAGUGCCUGCCAGGUUAAGAUAUCGCAGCUGCAUCGGAAGUUAAACAAGUUCGAACUGAGCGAAGCAGCGUGUCGAAAUACGUAUUCGCGAUCCACGAUAUAUCGUUAUACAUAUGUAUACUUAUUGUAUAAAUACACGUUCCACCCUGUAUGAAUGUCUAGACAGAAGGGUCGAACAAUAAAAGAUUUACAACU